UCUCGUCACCCAUCAUUCCCAAAUCAAACUAGCUCAAUUACUCUCGACCCGUUUACUAUAGCAAAAAUUAUAUUAUGGCUUUUCCCAAGUGGGUCUUUUUGAUUUACUUUUUCUUUCUCAUGUUUGUAUCAACAGUCGUAUUGUCGUUAGACUCCAAUUCACUCGGCUCAAAGUUCCUCGAUCAUGCCAAGAAAGCAGAGGUGUUUGAUUGGAUGGUCCAAAUCCGGAGGAAACUGCAUGAACAUCCAGAACUGGCCUAUGAGGAAGUGGAGACUAGUAAGCUGAUAAGAAAGGAAUUGGAGAAUUUAGGCAUUCCAUAUACACACCCUGUCGCAGAAACAGGUGUCAUCGGCAAGGUUGGAACUGGUGGACCACCUUUUAUCGCACUUAGAGCUGAUAUGGACGCUCUACCAAUCCAGGAAGAGGUGGAGUGGGAGCAUAAGAGCAAAAUCCCAGGAAAAAUGCAUGCUUGCGGACAUGAUGCCCAUGUUGCUAUGCUUCUUGGUGCCGCCAAGAUGCUCAAAACUCAAGAGAAGGAGUUGCAGGGGACAAUUGUUCUGGUAUUCCAACCGGCUGAGGAAGGAGGCGCUGGGGCCAAAAAGGUUUUAGACAGUGGAGUUCUAGACAAUGUGAAGGCUAUUUUCGGGCUGCAUGUAGCGAAUGGCGUACCCGUUAGCGUUACAGGCUCAAAAGCUGGUAAUUUUAUGGCUGGGAGUGGCACUUUUGAGGCUGUAAUAAAGGGACAAGGGGGCCAUGGCGCCCUUCCCCAUUUCUCCAAAGAUCCAGUUGUUACUGCUGCUAAUGUCAUUAUUAGCUUACAACAACUUAUCUCUCGCGAAGCUGAUCCAGCUGAUUCCCAGGUUGUAACGGUUGCAAAACUUGAAGGCAGCAAUGCAUUCAAUGUGAUUCCAGAGUCCGCUAAACUUGGUGGAACUUUUCGUGGAUUUUCGACCAUCAGACGUCUUAAGGAACGUAUACAAGAGGUUAUCGUAUCGCAGGCUGUCGUGUCGAGGUGCACUGCCACAGUCGAUUUCUUUGAAGAUGAGAGGCCUUUAUACCCUGCCGUCAUAAACGACGACGCUUUAUAUGCUCACUACAAAGGGGUAGCAGCUGAAAUGCUUGGCUCCGAAAGAGUUUUAGAGCCCUCAGCAGUAACAGUGUCAGAGGAUUUUGCAUUCUACCAAGAGAAACUACCAGGAUUCUUUUUCUUCAUUGGAAUUCAGAAUCAGACUGUUGGAAAUGUAGCAGUGCACUCGCCCAACUUCGAAAUCGCCGAAGAUGCAUUUCCUUAUGGCGCAGCCCUUCAUGCUACGUUAGCUACUACUUAUCUCAAUCAUGUCCUUAUUGGUUCUCAAUCUCAGCCCAAUUCUUAUAAUCGUGAUGAGCUCUGAUCUAGCUAAUGGAUAUCGAUUAUCAUUUGCAUCACCACUUGUAUCAGCCAGAAAAUAAUAAAGCCCUUUUGGCUCUAGGAAAAUUACGAUUCAUUUGGUGUAUGGAAAGUCCAGAAUUAUAUACAAUUGCUAUAGUCACUUGUGGUGCCCAGCAACACUGUGGUUUUUGGUUCAGACACUUGAGUGGUGUUUGAUUCAGACACACUUAAGCCUGUUUGCUGAUGUGGCUUUAGACCACACUAAGCCAGUUAUUUCAGUUGGAGUUAAAUGCUAGUCUUGUGGACUAUAUAAGAGAGGCUUUCAUGUUAAUUUUUGUGUGUUAGAAAAGAGAGAUUGGUGAGAAAAGAGGAGUGUUUUGUUUGUCUUUCAUUUGUUCUUUUUUGGGAAAGAUAUUGCUGAGAGCUUCCUUUGUACGUUGGAACAAGUCUCCUUUUGUAAUCUCUUGUACUGAUCGAAGAGCAAUUAAUAAAGAUCAUCAGUCAUUAUAGAGGCUGUUCUACCCU